CUCACACUCAGCGUGAUACACAGGUCAAUACAAUGAGCACAAUAACCUUCAGUGUAAAUUGUGUAGAGUAUAUGACAUCAUCCAUGAUUUAGUGGAGCGCUGGUUAAAAAAAAAAAAAAAAAAAAAGGCGGUCUUUCCUCCAAGGACGUCAGUGUUUUUCCUGCAAGUGAGACACCCAGAGGUCUAAAAGCAGACAGCCUCCAUCAAAUAACAGAAGGCAUGCUUGUGCAAUGUCACUGCUCGUCUGCUGCUUGCUCCGACAGGAACCACUGAGGAGCCACGCUGGAAGGAAUGACCAAAAGGAAGGUCACUUUUAGGAUAACCAACAAUGACUGACAGUCAACAGCAUCCUGGAUUGUAUGGAUUUCUUCACUCGGAGGAGGGGAGCUUUUCUUUUUGCCGUAAAGGAUGAAAUAAGACACAAGAAGACCACACCAGACCGGGAGUUGAGCAGGGAUGUUGGCAAUGCCGCGCCACAACUCCUCUGGCAUUUUUGCUCCCUUACCCCCGUCCAACCACAGCGCCAUCGUGUUCCGUAACGCCACCCGGCCUCCAAACAGUCCCACGGCGGCCGGCGUCACCAUGACCCUCGGAAUCAUCUUCAACGUGGUGGCGCUCGUCAUUCUCGCCAAAGCCUACAACCGAUUCCGGCGGAGGUCAAAGGCCACGUUUCUCCUCUUCGCCAGCUGUCUGGUGGCGACUGAUCUGGCGGGACACGUCAUCACGGGGACUCUGGUGCUCAGAAGGUACUCCGCAGAGGUCGUGACCGCGGUUGACCCUCCGUCCAGCUUUCCAGGCGACCUGGCGACCCGUCCGGAUGUAUCCUGUUUGGUUUUGGGCGGCUGCAUGGUGUUUUUCGGCCUGUGCCCGCUCUUCCUGGGCUGCGCCAUGGCGGCCAAGCGCUGCCUGGGCGUCUCCAGACCUUUGCUGCAUGCUCGUCUCGUCACCACGGCGAGGACAAAGAUGGCGCUGGUCCUCAUCUGGCUGCUGGCGCUGUGCGUGGCCCUGCUGCCGUUCUUCGGAUUCGGAGCGUACACGUACCAGUACCCGGGCACCUGGUGUUUCAUCAGGGUGAUGGAAGGCACCAGAGCCACGGACCUGGCCUUUGUGACGCUGUACUCUGGACUUGCGCUGAGCUCGCUGGCCUUGGCCUUCGUGUGCAACACCAUCAGUGGCAUCACGCUGGUGAGAGCGCGACUCAAGAAGAAGUCAAGCUCCCAGCGCAGCUCGGCCAGGUCUCACGACACUGAGAUGGUGGUCCAGCUGGUCGGCAUCAUGGUGGCCUCUUGCAUCUGCUGGAGCCCUCUGCUGGUCUUCGGACUGAUGUCGGCCACCCGGUCCUACAGUGGCUCCCUGGACGACGACCUCGACACCUACAGAAACCUAAUGGUGACCGGCGUCAGGAUGGCGACCUGCAACCAGAUCCUGGACCCGUGGGUCUACAUCCUGCUGCGGCGCGCCAUCCUGCGGAAGAUCUACAGCAUCACAAAGCGGCAGGCCAGCGUGAGGGGAAGCAUGAUGCGCUCUUUCCGCUGGGAGGUCAGCUCCCCUCAGACCUCGGAGAAACACAACGUUAAGAUCUGAGGGAGAGCGCACGCCGCCUGGUAAUUCUCUCGUCUUGGCCAGAACACGGCGUUCCAAAUGAUCAAGUGGCGGGAACCAGGUGCCAUCUUGUCUCGUGUUUGCUAUAUAUACCAGUGGUUCUCAAAUGUUUAUCACCAAGUACCACCUCAGAAAACACCAUAAUGACCCACAUUACAAUACAGUAGCGUAGUAGGCCCAAGUAUUCAUUACAAACAAGGCAGAGGUUUUAUUUAAUAAGUAUAUUUCAUCAUUUCGGACAUUGUAACAUAACAGUUUGAACAGUAACACUGUGUUUAAUACUUUUGUGUGAAGUAUUCCACACCAAAAUUCAGCAAUGUAUUAUUAUUCUUCCACUCGCGACAAAGUUUGCCAGUUUUCACAGCCCGCAGUUUCCAUCAGAUUGGAACCGUUCAAGUAUCAAAAACGUAUCCCAGAAUUCCCGAUUUUCCUGGACAUUUUUCCCAUUGAAAAUGGAUUGGCCAUUUUUCAAACUGGUAGAAUUCCCAAAUUUCUUACACGGUUGGAACCAUUCCACUUUCAACACCUUCCAUUCAUUCUAGACAAUCAAAUUACAAUUUUUCCAAGUUCAAAAAAAUUCCCUGUUUUUCUACACCUUAAUUCUACCUUUCGAGCUAAAGUUUUCACUGUGAACAUUUUUCACUCAUUUCCAACCAUUUCAUCAUCAAAACAUUCCUCUAAUGUUUGGGGAAUCAAAAGUUCCUUUUUCUGUACAAAUUUCUGGUUUUCCCUAAAUUUUCAGGAAUUCCGAAAUACCAAUUUUAAAUUAAAAGUAUUACUACGUGAACAUUUCUGGACCGAUUUAAAAAAAAAUAAAAAAUACCAACACCAACCCAUUCAUAUUAUAUAGAACAAUUUUGAUAUUAUAGAUGUUUCAAACAUUUCCAGUUUUCCCGAAAUUUACAAAUUUCCAGGAAAUGUCCAACUCCCAAAUCUCUCACCUUCUUGCGACAUUUUUUACCCGAUUUAAACCUUUCAACCAGCCGCACACUCUACUCACCCUAGAUAGUGUCACUACGACAACAUUUCUGGGACAAUUACAACAAUUCCAACACCAACCCAUUCAUAUUUUUUUAAAACAAUAGUGAUAUCAUCGAUAAUUUAAAAAUUCCCGCUUUUCCCGAAAUUCCCAAAUUUCCAGGAAAUGUCCAAUUCCCAUAUUUCUCACGUUCUUGGGCCAUUUUUUUACCCGAUUCGAACCUUUCAACCAUCCACACUCUCCACUCACCCUGCAUAUCAAAGGAAAAAACAUGUUUCCCAUUUCCCCAAAUUCUCGUUUUUCCCGGAAUGUCCAGGAAUUCCAAAAUACAAAUUUUCGAUUAAAAGUGUUAGUACGUCAACAUUUCUGGACACAUUCAGAAAAUUCCUACACCAACCCAUUCAUAUUAUCUCAAACAAUCAUAAUAUUAUUGAUGAUUUUAAAAAAUUCACGGUUUUCCCGAAAUUUCAGAAUUUCCAGGAAAUGUCCAACUCCCAAAUCUCUCACCCUCUUGUGACAUUUUUUACCCGAUUUAAACCUUUCAACCAGCCGCACACUCUACUCACCCUAGAUAGUGUCACUACGACAACAUUUCUGGACCAAUUACAACAAUUCCAACACCAACCCAUUCAUAUUUUUUUAAAACAAUAGUGAUAUCAUCGAUAAUUUAAAAAUUCCCAAAUUUCCAGGAAAUGUCCAACUCUCAUAUUUCUCACGUUCUUGGGCCAUUUUUUUUACACGAUUCGAACCUUUCAACCAUCCACACUCUCCACUCACCCUGCAUAUCAAAGGAAAAAACAUGUUUCCCAUUUCCCCAAAUUCUCGUUUUUCCCGGAAUGUCCAGGAAUUCCAAAAUACUAAUUUUCGAUUAAAAGUGUUAGUACGUCAACAUUUCUGGACACAUUCAGAAAAUUCCUACACCAACCCAUUCAUAUUAUCUCAAACAAUCAUAAUAUUAUUGAUGAUUUUUAAAAAUUCACGGUUUUCCCGAAAUUUCAGAAUUUCCAGGAAAUGUCCAACUCCCAAAUCUCUCACCCUCUUGUGACAAUUUUUACCCGAUUUAAACCUUUCAACCAGCCGCACACUCUACUCACCCUAGAUAGUGUCACUACGACAACAUUUCUGGACCAAUUACAACAAUUCCAACACCAACCCAUUCAUAUUUUUUUUUAAACAAUAGUGAUAUCAUCGAUAAUUUAAAAAUUCCCGCUUUUCCCGAAAUUCCCAAAUUUCCAGGAAAUGUCCAACUCCCAUAUUUCUCACAUUCUUGGGCCAUUUCUGGACACCUUCAGAAAAUUCCUACACCAACCCAUUCACAUUAUCUAAAAAAAUUAUAAUAUUAUUGAUUAUUUAAAAAAAUUCACGGUUUUCCCAAAAUUUCAGAAUUUCCAGGAAAUGUCCAACUCCCAAAUCUCUCACCUUCCUGUGACAUUUUUUACCCAAUUCAAACCUUUCGACCAUCCACACACGCUACUCACCCUGGAUACUGAAGGCAAAAACAUGAUUCCCAUUUCCCCAAAUUACCAGGUUCCCCGGAAUUUCCCGGUAUUCCGAAAUACCAAUUCUCGAUUAAAAGUGUUACUACGUCAACAUUUCUGGACUGAUUAAAAAAUUCCAACACCAAUCCAUUCAUAUUAUCCAAAACAAUUGUGAUAUUAACGAUCAUUUUAAAAUUCACGGUUUACCCGAAAUUUCUGAUUUUCCAGGAAAUGUCCAACUCUCAAAUCUCUCACGUUCUUGCGACAAUUUUUACCCGAUUCAAAGGUUUCAACCAUCCACACAGUCUACAUACCCUGGAUAUUGACGGCAAAAACAUUUUUCCCAUAUUCCCAAAUUCACAGAAUUUCCAGGAAUUCCGAAAUACCAAUGUCUCGAUUAAAAGUGUUACUACGUCAACAUUUCUGGACCGAUUAAAACAAUUCCAACACCAACCCAUUCAUAUUAUCUAAAGUAAUUGUGAUAUUAAUGAUAUUUUAUAAAUUCGCGGUUUUCCCGAAAUUUCUGAUUUUCCAGGAAAUGUCCAACUCCCAUAUUUC